UGAAUUUACACAUUAUCUUCAUCACAUACUAUCAGACAGUAAGUUCCCCUAGCCAAGUUAUAACAAAUGGACCUAGCUUCACAACAUGAGAACAGCUUAUUAAACUAACAUUACCACGAUAGAAAUGAGUCAAUCAAAGGAAGACAAAGUCGACGACAAAGUCGAGGAAAAAAUCGAGAAUGUCAAAUCCAAGCUCCCUCUACCUGAGGAGCCCCCCGUCUCCCCAGACUGGAACACGGCCGACGCCCGCCCCGUCGCCGUCGGCUCCGGCCGCGUGGAGGACGAUAUUUCUUACGGCGAAGCCUCUACAUCGGGACUGCGCCAGCCCGCAAGCAAGGAGGUGGAGGUCGACUUAAGCGGCGUGGGCCGCCAGGGCAAGGAUGACCUGGAGAGGCCGCCUAAGGAUGCCAAGGGGCCCAGGAAGAAGUUGAAGCAUAUACCUCCUAAAGAUCGCGUGUCGAGUAAAGGGGAUGAAGAAUAGGAUAUGAUGAGAUGUUUUAUCGGGAUAUGGUUGUACAAUAUAGGGAGGAAUAAUCUCCGCGAAGGAGAGGUGUUAUCUACCUAGGUACGGAUGAAUGACAUAGAUACGC